AUGUUCAAAUUUGUCGUUGUCAUCUUCGCUGUCAUCGCCUGUGUUGCAGCUAAACCAGGUCUACUAAGUGCUCCAUUAGCCUAUACUGUGCCUGCUGCUGUCGUAGCUGCUCCAGCACCUUUUGUUACUGCUACAAGUAGUCAAGUUGUUGCUAGAAAUUUCAAUGGAAUCGCCGCUGCACCAAUUGUCGCCGCUGCUCCAGUUGUGAAAGCUGUUGCACCUGUUGCUGCUCCUUUGGCUUACGCUUCUCCUUUAGCUUACUCAGCUCCAUUAGCCCGCGCUGCUUAUGCUGCUGCUCCUUUGACCUAUAGUUCACCAUUGGCAUACUCUGCACCACUCUCAGCUGCUCCAGUUUUAUUGUAA